AUGAACCUUUCACAGUGCAUUUAUCAGGACUUGUGGCAACGGGCCGAUUCAGCUACUGGCAUCCUUCAUACCACAACUUUGCGACGCCUGAGGAUUGUAGAAAAUGGCGUAGAAAGGCCGCCAGCCUUUCUGACUGUUCCCGUCCUUGUCAAAGAACAAGAAGUUCACAGAUGGUUAGAUUCUUUGAUGGCCACUUAUCAGAUCCAGAUGCGAACAAUAUCAGAGCUCUCUCAAUUCCAUACAGAGGAUGCGAACUCAUUCAUUUCCAUCAUACAAUUGACCAUUGAUGGCAUCUGGUUGAUGGCUCUGGAUAAAGAAUGGCUUAACAGCAGGUUGACAGUUGAAGGAGUUUUAACCGCUGGUAGUCACGAUAGACACAGCCAAUUACGCUUUCAUCUCCCAUACAAUGUAGUAAUUUCCUCAAUUACUCUUCUGGACAAGCUCACUCUGGCAGAUUGCCAAGAGGUUCUCUAUCAUGUAUUCAAACGAGCAUCUUCUACUGAUACUAAGACUCGAAGCUCUUUCCAAAACUUAACAAGAUCCUCAGAAUUGUACAACUGCAAGAAGGAACUCCCUUUACAACCAUUAAGCCAGGUGGAUAUAUUGGUAACGCACAAUUUAUGGCUCACAAAAAGGCAGACUUCUUAUCUAAUUGGCUGUAAAGGUUCCAGAAUUGAACUCAUACGAACUAACUCCAAGGCUAAAAUCAAGAUUUUUAGUGCACUAGAAGAGGAAUUAAUGCCUAAGCAACAUAUUUCUAUAACUGGAACUAAGUCUCAAGUUCAGAAAGCUGUCUUUCUGAUUCAGUUUUCCUUGGACAAACUACUUCAGGGAAUCAGUGACUGGUGA